UCUUCUGUGCUUUGUGAAGCAGCUUCUCUCUGCUUUCCCUCUCUGCCUCGAAACACACCGGCUUUCCUUUAAUCUUUUGCCUGAGCUGUGAAGAGCAAACGCAGCGGCAGAAGGAGCCCACUCACUCCAACUCCUCCCGCACCAUGCUUCCUUGGAGAAGGAAUAAGUUUGUUCUGGUGGAGGAUGAGGCCAAGAGUAAACCCAAGAGCCUGGGGACCGGGCUGACCUACCACUCCAUCCUCUCCUCUCUUCUGCGCUCCUGUCCGGACUUACUGCCUGACUGCCCCUUCGACUGGGUGGGCAACAUCUUCCACACCAAACGUCAGAAGGUGGAACUGAACAAAGAGGAGCCAGUUUACAAUGUACGCUACCUGGGGAGUGUGGUCACCAUCACGGCAAAGGGAGACGGCUGCACCCAGGAGGCAGUGGCCAAGAUCUGGGCGAGGAGCAACUACGGGGACCAGAGUGUCAAGAUGAGGUUAACAGUGGGGCCGCAAGGGAUCCGCAUGAGUGCUGACAAAUCGGGGAAAAAGAAACCCAUCCAUCUUUACUCUCUGAACAGAAUCACCUACUGCGGCGCUGACCCGUGCCGGCCCAAGAUCCUGGCUUGGAUCUACAGGCACCAGGUCAAGAACAUGGCCGUGGUGCUCCGGUGUCACGCUGUGCUGGUGAGCAAGUCGGAGAAGGCUCAGGCGAUCGCCCACAGCCUCUACCAGAACGCCACCUCCGCCUUCAGCGAGUUCAAGCGGCUGAAGCGUCAGAGCGACUUCCGGCACUGCCAGCAGCAGCUGCUGGGCGAGGAAGCAGUGCCCCUGAUGCCACUGAGGAGGCUGCUGAACGGGCAGUGCCACUACAGACCGCCUGCCGACAACCCCGGGAGUGCCACCCGCCUCUGCUCCAUCACAGAGGAGGAGGAAGAGGAGGAGGAGGAGGACAAAGAUGAGAAGCAGGAGAUGGAGGAACCACAGGAGCAGCAGGAGAAACAGGUUUUAACAACAAACACAGACCCGACUCAGUUAUUAUCCGAGCUGGACAUUGGGGAUAUUGCCAGACUGGAGCAGUGCCAAAUCAACUUUGUCAGUGACAGCAACAACAACACGUUUACAUUUAUAACCUCUCUGGUGUGACAGUAACGCAGCUCAAAGAAUUCUGCAACACAUUCCUCUCUUCGCCCUCCACCGGUACCCCUCUCAGGCUCCCUCCUGCCCCGUCCAUGUAAUGUGAAGUGUUUACCAGAAACUUCUCCCACUACCGGGUGAUGGAGAAAAAGCGGAGGAUCAUACUGUGGGAGUAAUUUGUGUCGUGGCCAGAUGGCUCAGAUGCUGGUUUGACUGUAGCAGUUUGGGAAACUGCGUGUUUACAAAGAGGGCUGGUGAUGCACAGACUAACGAUAGCACAAUGACGAACGAGGACAAUGGUGUGAGAGAAACAGCUGAGAUCACUGGGUCAUGUACUGAUCACAGUGCCGAGCAGGAUGUGUUUAUUAGUCCUCUCUCUUCUUAUUUUUGUGAGUAUAAUCAAAGCCGUGUUUGCCAGCAGGGACGUUUUUCGGGGUCGACUUGUAAUAUUUUUUCAGGGAGGUUCUUUGUAAAUUUGUGUAAUCUUUUCUAGUACGACAAUCCUCACUGACGUUGUUCACAGACUGACCUUUCCGAGCGCUUACAAUCGCGAUGAAGAAGUUUAUUACGGUUUUACUAACGACCACGGCCGACUAAUGAAUAAGGCUGUAAUUUAGGAAGCAAGCCAUUGAGUUGACAUGUUAAUCGCUGUCAUUUGUUACAGUCCUUAUCAUUUAUGCAUGACAUGUCAGCAGUAACCUUUCCGUGCUGAGCUUUUGUCUUUUUUCAUGUGACACCUUUGAUCCUUUGGCUUUUCAAAUGAACACUGUGAUAAAUGUGUGGCCGGGGAUGAAAUACACGAUGCAGCAAUGUCUAAUUUAUGUAAUGCAUUUUGUUUCUCAUAUACCUAUUGCAGUGUCACCUGGUUUGCCAAAACAACAAAAACAGAUCUCAAUUUGCCAUCGCUGUGCUCUUUUUACCCAAGUUUUGCUAAUGCAGUUUUUCCACAUGAGCCCUUGCAAAAAUGCAGAUGGACCCUCACAAUUGAACACAAACUGUUUUGAAUAUGACUUUAGCUAAUUCCCUCUUGAUAAUAUCUGUACUACCGUCUAAAGAUGCAUUGUGAUUACUAUGAGAUGAAGCUAUUUAUUUUCCAAAUACGAUGAAUA